GUUUUUGCAUCAUUUCCUUGUUAUAGUUCAUCAAGUUUCUUAACUGAAUGCUCUCUAUAAUUUGAUUGUGCUGCUGCCAUGGACGGCCAUGAUUCUUGCUUGAAACCACCCUCUAUCUAAUUCAAAACAUUAUCAAAUUUGUUUCGGUUACAAUUUCCUAAAUCUUGUAGUUUUAUGCUAACAAAUCUCUGUUAAAAAUAAAUUAAAAAUUAAUGAAUUUAGUUGGUAUGUAAAAUAAAUUUUGUAUCCUUGAACUUUGUGUAGAGUAAUGUUAGAGAAAAACUUGUAAGAACUUCAAAUUUUAUUCACAAAACACCAAAUAGCAAAAGUGCCACACGUGUUAGUCUCUUCUCCCACGUGUCAUUCCCAAAACCUUAGACUAUUGCCACCUCCCCACAACUAGUUUUGGGUUCUCUUUCUUCUUCAAGGUGCAGCUUUCUUCAGCUUUAAAACCUCAUUUUUUUGUCAUUGAGACAGAAACAGAGAAAGAAUUAUGGGUUCUGAAACUUUUGUAGAAAUCAUAUUAGCAAUUCUUCUUCCACCACUUGGAGUUUUCCUUCGCUAUGGCUGUGGGGUAGAGUUUUGGAUUUGUUUGUUGCUGACCAUAUUGGGAUAUAUCCCUGGAAUUAUAUAUGCAAUAUAUGUGCUGGUUGGUUAGAAAAGGAAGAAAUUUGAAAGCCUAGUUUUAAUGAAUGCCUCUUUUUUAUUUUGGUUUGUAGAAAGUUUGUGUGUUUAUGGCUCUUGGAUCUAUGUUGUUGUAGAACACUGAAUAGAUAUAUUAUCAUUUAUUGGCAAGUACUGAUCUAAUCAAGGGUUGUUGCUUCAUCUGGGUUUUGGUGUUAGGCAUCGCUCUCUGUUCUAAAUGGAAGUAACGUUCAAAAUA